UCACGUGCACGGUAGGCCCCGCCCGGGUCCUGCCCACUCCGUCCCUGAGAUUCCUGCGGUCGCAGCUCCCGCCAGGUCUGGAGACCCCGAGCCUCCGCGUCCGCUCUGCGAAAAGUCUGUGUCAGGCCAGACCCCCCAGCCUGGACAUGGCACCAGACACCUGCUGCUGUGCUCCUGCGGCCCUGCGGAGAAGGCUGCCCAUCCUGGCCUGGCUGCCUGGCUACUCUCUGCCCUGGCUGAGGAUGGACCUCAUCGCCGGGCUGUCCGUAGGACUCACAGUCAUCCCCCAGGCGCUGGCCUAUGCAGAAGUGGCUGGACUCCCGCCCCAGUACGGCCUCUACUCUGCCUUCAUGGGGUGCUUCGUGUAUUUUUUCCUGGGCACCUCCCGGGACGUGACCCUGGGCCCCACGGCCAUCAUGUCCCUCCUGGUGUCCUUCUACACUUUCCGAGAGCCUGCCUAUGCCCUGCUGCUUGCCUUCCUGUCUGGCUGCAUCCAGCUGGCCAUGGGGCUCCUGCAUUUGGGGUUCCUGCUGGACUUCGUCUCCUUCCCUGUCAUUAAAGGCUUCACUUCUGCUGCUGCCGUCACCAUUGGCUUUGGACAGAUCAAGAACCUGCUGGGACUCCGGAACAUCCCCCGGCAGUUCUUCCUCCAGCUGUACCACACCAUCGUCCACAUCGGAGACACCAGGGUGGGCGACGCCGUCCUGGGGCUGGCCUGCAUGGUGCUGCUGCUCCUGCUGAAGCUGAUGGGGGAACGCAUGCCUCCUCCCCAUCCCGAGACGCCCUGUGGUGUCAGGUUCAGCCGUGGGCUGGUGUGGACUAUCACGACAGCUCGCAAUGCCAUGGUGGUCUCCUUUGCGGCCCUGAUUGCCUACUCCUUCGAGUUGAUGGGAUACCAUCCUUUUAUUCUGACUGGAAAGAUAGCUGAGGGGCUCCCUCCCGUGCGGGCCCCACCCUUCUCGGUGACCACGGACAAUGAGACCAUCUCAUUCUCCGAGAUGGUCCAGGACAUGGGGGCCGGACUGGCUGUGGUGCCUCUGAUGGGCCUUCUGGAGAGCAUUGCUGUGGCCAAAGCUUUUGCGUCCCAGAAUAACUACCGCAUUGAUGCCAACCAGGAGCUGUUGGCCAUCGGACUCACCAAUGUGCUAGGCUCCUUCGUCUCCUCUUACCCUGUCACUGGCAGCUUUGGGCGGACAGCGGUGAAUGCCCAGUCUGGGGUGUGCACCCCGGCAGGGGGCCUGGUGACUGGCGUGCUCGUGCUGCUGUCUCUGGACUACCUGACUUCACUCUUCUACUAUAUCCCCAAGUCUGCCCUGGCCGCCGUCAUCAUCAUGGCUGUGGCCCCGCUCUUUGACGUCAAGAUCUUCCGGACACUCUGGCGUAUCAAGAGGCUGGACCUGCUGCCGCUCUGCGGGACGUUUCUGCUGUCCUUCUGGGAGGUCCAGUAUGGCAUCCUGGCUGGGACCCUGGUGUCUCUGCUCAUUCUCCUGCACUCCACAGCUAGGCCCAGGACCCAGGUGUCAGACGGGCAAAUUCUUGUUCUGCAGCCGGCCAGCGGCCUGCACUUCCCCGCCAUUGAUGCCCUCCGAGAGGCAAUGACGACCCGGGCGCUGGAAGUGUCCCCGCCACGCCACGCCGUCCUGGAGUGCACGCAUGUCAGCAACAUAGACUACACCGUGGUUGUGGGACUCGCUGAGCUCCUGGAGGACUUCCAGAAGCAAGGCGUCGCCCUGGCCUUCGUCGGCCUACAGGUGCCCGUGCUGCGCACACUGUUGGCCGCUGACCUCAAGGGAUUCCAGUAUUUCACCACUCUCGAGGAGGCUGAGAAAUUCCUGCAGCAGGAACCAGGGACUCAGGCCCACAACAUCCCUGAAGACUCGGUCCCAGAGCACAGGGCCUCCCUGCUGAAGCCCCAGUCGGAGCCCUGAAGGGCGGCUGGUGCAGCAAGGGUCUCUAGAAGGUUCUCUAACUGUGGCUGAUGUUCAUGUCACCUUCCUGGUGGGACCACAUGGCGGCUCUGGGGAGAGCAGGGAGCGAAGUGAUUCCCAGGUGUCACUUUCCCGCUGUCCCCUAGGUGUGAGUGUUCGAGAAGGGGGCUGGAGAGCAUCUUCCAGAGAGAGCACAUGAGGCAGGAGGACCCCUGGCUUCCGGCCUGGGCUGGCAGGAUAAGCUGUUGUUUUCCACAUCCCGGAUUCCUCUUUGGAAUCAGGCCCUGCUGCAGAUGGGCGGGAGAGACAGUCCUGUCAGAGAAGGUGGGCGUCUGAGCUGAAGAGGGGCCCCCAGGGUGCCACAAAGUCAAUUCUGUUUAACAUUGGGUGUUUUAAAGUGGAAGACAUCACUUUGGUGUUUCUGCAAAACAAAACAAAACAAAAAAAUAUUAAUCCUUGUUAAACAAAUCCAAGAACUCAUCUGCCCCAGGCAUUGUCCUUUUCAUCUGCGGUUCCUCCCUGCCCAGGACAACGUGUGUGUGCCUGUCAGUGCACACGUGGUGACCGUCUCAGGCCAAGAGCCAAGUCACUACACCAACGUGCUUUGUAAACUGUCUCCAUGCGCUCAUUUACUGUCAAUUAUUUAUUGUGAUGAUCAAUGGCAUUAAAUACAAGAUUUUUUAUUUA